AUGUCGGAGCCAUCAAGCAGCAAGCAGGCGCAACAGAACGGUUCUACCAGCGAUGAGCCUGUGAAUCCGGGGCUCCCUCCAGCACCAGCCGUUCAGUCAGAUGACGACGACGACGACAAGCCUGUCAGGAAGAUGACACCUACGGAAAAGUUCAAGAUCAUAGAAGGAAUUUUAGAGGCACCAGACGACGCAAAACAAAUACAGGAGGCUGUAGAGAAAGCCCUCCCCUCAGAUGUGAUCCUGAAUUUCAGGCAAAUCCAAGCGGCUAUACAUUCUGACAGGUUCCCAGACCCUGUCAAUAAAGACAAAGCGACCAGGGCAUUCCAGAGUUAG